UUUUCUUUCCUUUCUUUCCUCCCUUCACUCCCUAUUUCCUUUCAUUUUUUCAUUCUUCCCUCCCUCCUUUCCUUUAUUCCCCUCGUUUCCUUCCUUCACUUCCUUUUUCGUUCCUUUCUUUUUCUUCCCUCCUUUCUAAUCUUCCUUACUUCCAUCCUUCCUUCACUCCCUAUUUCUUUCAUCUUUUCCUUUCUAAUUUUCCUUCCUUCCUUCCCUCCUUUUUUCCUUCCUUUCGUCUUUUCCUUCCCUCCUUUUCAAUUUUUCCUUCCCUCACUUCCUUUUCCUUCCUUCCUUUCCUCCCUUCACUCCCUAUUUCCUUUCAUUUUUUUCCUUCAUACCUUCCCUCCCUCCUUUCCUUCCUUCUCUCCUUUGUUGCAUUCUUGACCUCCCUCCUCCUCUUCUUCCUCUUUCUUUAACUACUUUACUAUUUUCCACACUACAACAACCCUUUGAGGUAGGUUUGGCUGAGAAAUUUGACUUUCUUGCCUAAGGUAGGACUCGAACUCACCCUCUCCCUGGGUUUCUGCCUUAAGCAGUAAGUCAAACUGGGUCUCCUCUUGAAAUGUUCAGGAGGAAGAAAAUAAACAGAAAUAAGACAUGCAACUGAGGAGGGACAAAACUCCUGCUCCAAGUUAACAAUAAUUACGGGAUUUAUAAACUUCCGCUCUGCACAGAAAUCUCACCACUUCCAGGAUCCUUUUGGAUUACUAGCAAUAGGAUUUUAGAUUUAUAUACCACUUAAGAGUGCUCUACAACCCCUCUCUUAAGUGGUUGAGAAGUGAUAAUCCUCAACUUAUAACAGUUCCUUUAGCGGCCAUUCAAAGGCACAAUGGCACUGGGAAACAGGGACUCAACAAGUCGUUUUCAUUUUAUAUUAUUUAGCUUCCGAAAUGAUGGUUUGCGUGUUUCCCUUCUGGUGCUGGCCUUUGAACACAAUAAAGAUUUGGUCGGCUGCCCCUUAUUAUGUGGGAAGGAAUUGAUUUGGUCCACCUGCACUUCUCUGCAAGACGUAUUGCAGAGAUCUAAUAUUGUUAUUUUUUUACAACGUAAAGGCCUUAACCUGCCUUCUUUUUUGUUGGUUGUUUGUUUGUUUUCCCUUAACACUGCAGAUAAACUGAGUUUGGAAUCCGAUCCAGGGAUCUGGCUUUGAAAGGGGACACGAUGCUCGUCAGCUCGCCUGCAUAAAAGGAUGAUACCAUGGGAGGCAAGAGCAAAGGGAAAGGCUCGGGGAAAGGGAAAGGCAAAGGUGGCAAGAAAUCCAAGAAGGCCGUCGCGGAGGUGGAUAUUCUGAGCCCAGCGGCCAUGCUCAACCUCUACUACAUUGCCCACAAUGCUGCCGCCUGCCUGGAGUUCCGUGGCUUUCCGUGGCCGGGCUCUUCGAAGAAGAAAGGCAAGAAGAAGAAGUAGGCGAUCUGUGUGGCAAGAUAGAAGACCCCCACCGGGGGCCACUCAGCGGAGGUCUCGUCGGGGGGGGGGCAGGAGGACCUUCAGUGAAUCGGUUCGGGUUUGCCGUGGCGCUUGCCGUUCUGACCAAGUAAACCUUGCUUUGAGCUACCGCCGUGGCACCCGGCGUGGUGUUUACCUUCCCCGCAGCCCCCACUGCCGCUGGCUCUGGAUCCCCUGCGCGAGCAGCAGCCACCACGCCAAGCGCCAGCGUCUUAAGACGUCGCGCAACGCCCUCCUGCAGGCGACAUUCUGCAUCUCGGGAGGCUUCGAGUGCUCGAGACGCCUUGCCUGCACGUUGUCGUAACUUGGCAGUUGUGACUUGGUGCACACACCAUGGGCCACCUUCAACAGCAGGCCGGGUGGGGGGUUUCCCACUGGUUGCCCUUGGCAGCUGCAGGGCUGAUGGGAUGCCGUUCUUUCAACCGAGGUUUCCCAGGAAGCCAGGAUUACGUGUGGAGGCUUGGCAGGGUUUCAUUGAACAUCCAGGCUCCUGAGGAGUCCCUGGCCACCCUCUCGUCUCAGGUAGCCAGAAGAAGUGUGCUCCGUUGCAACCCUGAACAGGACGAUAUUACUGUGACAGAAUAAAGAAAUAAUGCUGUGUGUGCAACUCCCAUCAGCGGAAACACCAGCUGCAUCCCUGACUAGCUCCAAAUAGGGUCCCCCUUGCCCAAAGAUUUGAAAGAUGGCUUUCAUACACAGGAGAAAAAUUCAUUUUGCCCCGCAAAACCAGGAUGGGAGGUUAGUUGAGGAAGCCGCUUUGAUUACUGUCUUCUGGUCAUUUGGGGGCUUAAAAUGUCAAAUCAGAAAUCUCAUCUGCAGAAGAACUUUUGAUAACAGAUCUCGGGCUAGACGUGUUUUUGCGCUUCAGGGGCGUAAUGUGGGCAAUUGUCCAGUCCAGAAGGUAUAAAGAUCCUUCUUAGUCCUCGCAAAGGCCCCUCAAAGCUUGCCAAAGUGGGCCUCACCGCUCUGGCAAAGUCCACUUGCUGUGUAAAGCGCCAUUCUCCAUAUCGAUUGGUGAUCAAGCCACAAGAGCCUUGGCCAAUUGAGAAACGGGCCCCUGGGAACCACAAAGGGUGUCAGGUGUCACAAUAUCAGUGUGACUGCUGAUGGGGUUGCAGCGCCCAACAUAACACUUUGAAGGCCCCUGCCUUGCUCACACGCCUCCAUUUUUGGCAUGGUGCAUCGCCUGCUAAUUUGCCCAUUUGAUUUGCCCUUUCCUAGCAAGAAAAAUGCAGCAUUGGGAGGCCUGUAUUUCCUCCCUGGAUCUGCUUCUGACUCAUGUCGUAUUACUUGUAGAGCAUUCCUUCUGCGCACAACGCAGUGACAUGGUGCAAGCCAACAUCUGCUGGUUUGCUGCCCAUGUUAUCACUACUGCACCGCCUUCCCUGCUUAUUUCUGUUUUUUCUGUCUUCGUUCAAAAGCCAAACAGGCUAUUUUGUUGUGUUGUGGGUUAUCCACAGGUUUUUAUUAAGAAGUUUUUGAAGAAAAUGUCUCAUUUUCGUAUUAAUGUUCAGGGAAUCUGUAUCGUAAUAGCUUCCAGUAAAAAAGGUAAGUAUCAGGGUACAGAAUCCCCAAACGUUAAUAUGAAAAAGCAUUAAGACAUUUCUUGUCUGUUUGAUCAGUGCCAGUUUUUGCUAGUAUUUCGGAGCAAAUGAGGCUGGAGGGGGGUGGGGGGAAGUUUUAAGAAGAUAGCCCACAAAAGACCCUGGAGAAGGAAGUGGAAGCUAGCAGAUUGGGACAAAAAGAAAAAGAUGGCUUGGAGAUGGAUAGGCAAGAUUAUUAGCCCAGUGGUCUAACAAGGUCAAGAAGCUGACGGUCUUUAAGGGCCAGUUAGGUACCUGACUUGCAAUAAUCCUAAAACAGGGGUCUCCAACCUUGGCAACUUUUAAGACUUGUGGACUUCAACUCUCAGAGUUCCUCAGCCACAGGUCUUAAAGUUGCCGUGGUUGGAGACCCCCGUCCUAAAGUGUUGGGUAUCCCUUCCCUACUCUCUGAAGAAAACUUUAUUUGGCAAGGCCUCCUUUGCAGAUGUUAUCAGGGGACCCCCAAGUAACACAGAACCCCUUCCCCAAAUUUGCUAUUUUGGAUUAAGAGGCUUCUGGUGUUGAUGCGUUUGUUGCCGCCUUGUUGCUUCGAAGCCCUCUCUGCCUGCUCUAGCCCCAGAACCAGACUUUUCUGGGGUUUCUCCGAGACAAAAAUAGUUGUUUUUUUAUUGUUAAAGGCCACAAGUUGCAGGUUGUUUACUCUGCGGUGGCCCCAAUGCAAAGAGUGUUUCCCCUAUAAGGGUGUGGUGCUAUUCCCAAACUGGGAACAGGCCAACUUUUAAGAAGUAUAAAAUGCAAACUUUGAUAGCAAAAUAUUUAAGGUAUUAUUAUUCAUUGUUAAUUUAAUUUCCUAACUGUAUUUUUUUUUUACAUGUAAAAAGUGUUUGGAGGUAAUAAAACUU